AUGGGUGAUUUACCCUCGCCCAGAGUUCAACCAUCAAGACCUUUUGCAGUCACCGGUGUUGACUAUGCUGGUCCAUAUUCUAUUAAGUCCCAAGUUGGGAGAAGAACAAAAACUUUCAAGUGUUACAUAUCCAUUUUUGUGUGUUUCUCAACAAAAGCUGUACACUUGGAGUUAGUCAGUGAUUUAUCAACUUCAACGUUUUUAGCAGCUCUAAAAAGAUUUAUCGCCCGACGAGGCAAACCAUCUAAAAUUUCGAGUGACUGUGCUACUAACUUCAAAGGUGCUAGUAAGGAACUGAAGGAGAUUUAUAAAAAUGCAGCUCGCAUUGAGAAAAGCAGUGAAUUAUGUGACUACAUUACCUCAGAAGGUAUAACUUGGUUAUUUAAUCCUCCGACAUCUCCUCACUACGGUGGGUUGUGGGAAUCUAAUGUGAAAUCCAUGAAAUUUCAUCUUAAACGAGUAUUAGGAUCCAAACUUCUAACUUACGAGGAAUUUUUAACAGUGCUUACACAAGUGGAAGCGUGUAUGAAUUCCCGUCCUCUUUGUGCGAUGUCUAGUGAUCCAAACGACUUUAGUGCAUUGACUCCAGGUCAUUUUCUGAUUGGAGCCCCUUUGCUUGCCAUUCCGGAAUCUGACUUGAGUGAUGUGAAAUCUUCACGACUUAAACGUUGGUCUCUAGUUCAACAGACUGUGUGCAACAUUUUUGGAAACGAUGGUGUGCAGAAUAUUUAA